AUGGCUAAGUAUACUACGCCUUCCUUGAUAUAUCAAGGAGGUGGUGAUUUCAUUGACCACCUCAGCUCCUACGUCAUUGGGAAAAACAUCGUAGAGAACGCGUACGGGAUCAAAAUAGACUCCCCGAGACAUAAGUAUGUCAAAUUAUCGAAAGAGACACACGAGUUCAUACAGCAUGCCGUGAUACCAGGAAGUUUCUUGGUCGACUUCAUUCCAUUACUUAGAUACGUUCCGGCAUGGGUACCAGGAGCAGGGUUUAAGCGUCUUGCACGCCUUGCUAAGUCGAAAGGACAGGAGAUGGUGGAUGGAGCCUUUUCUGAGGUUAAAGCUGCGUUGUCUCAAGGACAAGAAAACUAUUCACUUGCGAGAACCUUGCUUGAAGACGAGUCACAGCGCCAACAGUCUGUCUCUGACUACGAGUACACCGUCAAGUGGGCCGUCGGCUCGUUGUAUGGUGCAGGUACCGAAUCUUAUAAAGCACAGAAGGAAUUAGAUGAACUCCUCAAGCAAAAACGCCUUCCUGUAUUUUCCGAUCGCCCUCAACUUCCCUUCAUCAACGCGAUUGUUCAGGAGACCUUACGCUAUCAUCCUCCGACACCUAUGGGGUAUUACCUGCCGAAGGGCUGUAUCGUCUUGCCUAAUAUAUGGGGAAUGAGCCGAGAUCGUCGAGUUUAUGGAGAUGAUGCGUCAGAUUUCCACCCGGAAAGAUUCAUGGCCAUCGAUAGACCACAAGCAGUGGAGCCCGGCGCUCACGCAUUUGGUUUGGGACGAAGGGCCUGCCCUGGAUAUCAUUACGCGAUGGGAACUCUAUUUAUCAGUAUCGCCUCGAUCCUCGCCGUGUUUGACAUCAAGCAAGGAGAUGACCCUCAUAAGGAGGUUUUGACCAAACCUCAGUUCACAGGAGGAUUCGUGAGCCACCCCAAGUCGUUCCCAUGCAAGAUUACACCACGCAGUUCGAGUGCCAUCGAUCUCAUCCUGACUGACAUUUGGAGUGGGACUGACGACUAUUAG